UGAGUUCAUGUCGGUAACAAAAUGAACAAACCUCUUAUCUGUUCAAUCCAAAGGAAUUGCUCUAAAUGACUAACAUGAAUGACUAACAUGGUGCACCAUAGUGCUUGAUGGAAAGUUGAGAUUGAUGGAAAGUUGAGAUAGGUACUUGCCGAUAAUGAGUGUGGAGCCCAAAAAUUAUCAAAGUCCUUCCAACUCAGCAGAUCAUAACUCCAGCACCAGAUCGAAGUCCUACCUGCUUCCACAGAUCUCCACAUUUUCUUUCGUUCUUUCUUCAUUUCUGUCCCUUUCUCUAAACUCUUCAAAAAUCCAUGGCGAAAUCACUCGACGAAGAAACCCUAAUCGAAGAUUCAGAAGAUGAUGAUGAUGCAAUUGAUAAUGACGAAGAUGACGACGAUGUAGAAGAAGAGUUCUCCGAAGAAGAUGAUGAUGAUGACGAAAAUCAAGUAGAAGAUUUACUAAGUAUUGAAUCAAGAAUACGCUAUGAAAGACAUCUAUUAGGGAAUUUAGUUCGUAGAUUAUCAACAGAAACUAUAACCCUAAAAGUUCAAGAUGUAGUAAUCAAAGGAAACAAGAAAACUAAUUACUCGUUAUUAGAAUCAGAAAUCAAAGCCCUAAAAGAUGCAACAACAAUUCAAGAACUUCUUGCAAUUGCUACUAUUGUAAAUUCUCGGGUUCAGAGGUUUGAUAUAUUUGAUUCUGUUAGAAUUACUUUUGAUACUGGACCACCUGAAUUACCUGGUACAACUAAUGUUGUGGUUGAAGUUGUUGAGCCUAAGAAUCCUUUUGUUGGUGAAUUUGGAGUUUUCUCCAAACCUGAGGCCAAGACUUGGUCACUUGAAGGAUCUGCCAAAUUGAAAAACCUUUUUGGAUAUGGUGACAUUUGGGAUGGUUCUUGGGCUUUUUGGUGGGACCAAACAGCAGAGAUAAGCAGCGGGUUUUCUCUACCCAGAUUCAAAGGAAUAAAUACGCCAUUAACAGCUCGAGUUUCACUUCUUUCCCAAGACUGGAUGAAGCUAUCUUCUUACAAAGAUCAAUUAUUAGGCUUGUCUGUUGGCUUAAUUUCAACCAUGCAUCAUGACUUGGCUUACAAUUUAACAUGGCGGUCCUUGGCAGAUCCAUCACAAAGUUCCUUUAAGUCAAUACGAAGUCAGCUUGGACAUAGUUUACUUUCAUCGCUGAAACAUACAUAUAAGUUUGAUCAAAGAGAUUCUCCUGUGCGACCUACAAGUGGAUAUGCAUUUCAAUCUACAUCACAAGUCUGUGGUCUGGCACCUGAUAGUCGUAGCUCGCGAUUUUUACGCCAGGAGUGCGAUGUUCGUUUUGCUUUGCCAUUGGGUUUCUAUAAUGCAGCUCUCAACUUUGGUGCCUCUGCUGGUUUUAUUGUACCAUGGGGUAGUGGAUUCUGGAACACGACUCCCCUUAUGUCUGAGAGGUACUUCUUUGGUGGUAAUUCAUCUUCAGUUUGCAAAUUGGGAGGACCAGCAACAUUGGUUGGGUUCAAGACAAGGGGACUAGGCCCUAGUGAACCACGAAGUGUUGCUGUUGGUAAAUCCAAUGAUGAAAGUUUAUAUGCUCUUGGAGGCAACAUUGCUGUUACUGCAUUUGCAGACCUUUCUUUUGACCUUCCACUUAGGGUGCUCAGAGAAGCUGGAAUCCAUGGUCACUUGUUUGCUUGUGCUGGAAAGCUCUCCAAGGCAACCGUGGAAGAGUUCAAGGGUUUCUCAUUCCAGAGGUUUGGGGAGUCGAUGCGCAGCUCUGCUGGAGUUGGGAUUGUUGUUCCCACCAAGCUGUUCCGUAUGGAGGUUAACUACUGUUACAUACUAAAGCAACUAGAGCAUGACCGAGGGAAGACCGGGGUGCAAUUUAGCUUCUCUUCUCCGAAGUAAAAUUUCAACCACUGACACCACGCCAGGUCCUGAAGCCUUUCUUAAAAUUUUGUUAGGCCAUGGAUGUCCGGGAUAUAUUUGAAAGGAUAAAGGGCGGUCUGGUCUGUAAUGCAUAUGAAUAUAACUGACCAAAAUACCUUAAUACAAAUAAAAGGCUGGUUGCAGAGGGGAUCCUAUUAGUCAUGGAUGUUUGAAGGCAUACCUGAAGGGUUAUUUUUAUCAUUCAGGUACACUUAGUAACUUGAUGAAUCUUGUACUGGAGGCUUGGAAUUUGUUUUUAGAACUACAAAUUUUUUGGUGUUAAAAAAGUACUGUUUUGCAUGUGAAUGAAGGUAUAAAGCAAAUGCACCAAAAGAGAUAGUGUUUAUUUGUUUGUUUAGCAUACCACUGCGCGGAAUUCUUGUAACAAUUUCAAUAAAAAGUAUUUUAUGAUAAA